ACCAAUCACGACACAGCCCUGUAGCAAAGUGCAGGCCCGAAAGAGGAAGAGCAGAAAACUUUUGUUUUCCUCAGAGUUUAAUGAAGUUGGCCUGGUCACUCAUGAAGAGAUUAAAGGAGAAUUUAGUGUCACUGAGCUGUAACUGCUGAAGAGGGAACUCAAGUGUUCAGGUCACUGUGUGAACAAGAUGGUCUCAGUUCAGAGCUGCACCAGGAGGAAUAUGGCUGGCUCUCCUCCUGCUUUACCGGGCUUCGGGAGCACGGGAAAGAGUUUUCUUAUUGACAAUCUGCUGCAGUCACAGACACCCUCAGCCCAUCCAGAAGGGACAGCAGGUGGACACCUGAGACUAGCAGCAUGUGAACUUACAAGAAGAACCUGGGGCUCUGAGCAUGGAGCCUACCAAAGCCAGGCCCGCAGUCCCCGGCAGGUGAAGGAUUUAGGAGGACCACUUCUGCCACACUCAGGUGUACUGAGCAGUGUUUUCCUGCGGAACCCGCAGUAUCUGCUGGCAUGCUGCGGUGGGUCCAGCCCUCCUCCUGUCUUCUCCAAGGGAGCAAAUAUUCGAAUGUGGUCUGCUGAUAUAAGUCCUAAAUCACGCAGAGGGAUCCUUAGGAGGGCUGUGUUCUCUGAAGAACAACGAAGGGAGCUGGAGAGAACUUUUCGGAGACAGAAGUACAUCAGCAAGACAGACCGGAACAAACUGGCAGCUGAUCUCAGUCUCAAGGAGUCACAGGUGAAGAUCUGGUUCCAGAACCGCCGAAUGAAGUGGAGGAACUGUAAGGAGAAGGAGGUUCACAACACUCGCUCCCCAAUGGAUGAGCUCAUGGCACAAGGUCUCGCUCAGGAAGGGGAAGAACCAUCAAAGAAUCACACUGAUGCAAAAACAGAGAGAUCACCACCACAGAAGAGUCUCAGGGACACAUGAGAGACUGUAAUGAGUGGGAAAUAAACUAAUGACUUUCUCAAAUCCACAAAAACCUGUAAAAAGGCUACAGUUCUGGGGGGUGUUAAAUAUGUGUGGAUAGAAUACACUGUCUGUGAAGACUAACACUGAUAAUAUUAACUUUUUAUUACACUGACAUGUCUUUGACUGUAAUUGCAAUCAGUUAAAGGCACAAAUGAGUCACUUCAUUUAAUGCAUUUAUAAAUCAGACUUUUUAAUUUUUCAUAUUUCUGUCAGCUUUAAAUUAACACUCUGCUCAUAAUCCAAAACCUUUUUGAAGUCAAAUUUCGCUUGGUAUAUUUUGUAAAUAUUUUUUUUCAUGAUCUUGAAUGCAUAGAUCAACUGUAAAUAAAGCAUUUGAUUGAA